AGGUGCUUGGAUAAACAUAGAAACUUGUCUUGCAUUUACCUCUCUUUUAUUGAUUUCUGACAUUUUAUUACUUAAAAACUCUGCUCCAUCUCAUGGUCUAACAUCACAUGUUUGUGCUCUUCAGUUUUGUUCUUUCUGGUUUUUCAGUUUUCCUCUCUCUCUUUCUACACUGCUCUGCUCAACUUUCCUCUGGCAGUCCGGUAUUUCAUAGAUGGGUAUUCAUCGAUGAUAUAACGAAAGGACUAAAUCCAGAUUCAAAUGCCUGGUAUUUGUGGAUAUGGAAUCUUCAUCUUUUCAUCUGCUAUUACAAAGCAACUAUUGCAAUGGUUGUUUCAUAAAAAACUAGCUAGAAUCAUCAAAAAGACUAAAAUGACAAACAUAAUUCAAAAUUAAGUUUUCUGGUAGUUCUUGGUUUAGACAUCCCAAGCAAUUGGCAAAUGUAUUUUAUCUGUAUAGCUUAUCAUGUUCUGAUUUGUCGCCCCUUCUCAUCAGGCUUCUGCUUAGAGAUGGGAAUCUGGUGAAAUGCGAGAUAUAUGGUGAAGUUCAAGUAAAUUCAAAUUUAUCAGACUCGGCCAUGGGAAGCUAACCAGAUUUUAUCCUUUGUGCCACCUGAUGGACAAUUUACAGGGUAAAGAAGUUGAAGAGUACUCCAAUAUAUGUGAAGCCACAAUUCACCUCAGAUUCAGGGACAUGUCGUAUAAGUGUUUUGGUUGGAAUUCGCAAUGAUCCUGGGAAGUCAAUUGAUAAUAUUGCAGUUCAGUUCAAACUACCACCUUGUGUCAAAUCAUCCGAUCUUUCGUCAAACUACCAUCAAGAUUCUCCAGUGGGUGAGCGAUGUCGUAUUGUUAGGCUUGAAAUGACAUCGUUUUCAUUUUCUCCUUUUCUGUCGUUGUCCUUCCCUCUCUAUCUCUUCGGCCACCACGCUAUCAUUUGCUCCUUCACUAUCCACCAGCGCACACCACCAUCAUCGGCGUUGUUGGCCCCUCUAAAUUGAACACACACAAACAUAGAAUUCACACAUUGAAAAAUCGAUAAUAUAUUUUGGUCCAUUGUGAAAUACGUUAGCUCUUGCUCUGAUUCUUAAUUUUUUACAAUAAAUCAUGGAUCAAAACUUAUUGUUUGAGAUCAUGUCAUAAAGCAACUGACCAUUAAUUUUUAACAAUUAAUGUGUGUUAAAAAAAUAUUCGACAAAGAGGGUCAAUUUUAAAUUUUAGUCUUUAAAUCUAUUACUGUAUAAGGCCGCUUAAUGGGCUUUAUAAGGCUGCGAUACUGAAUAGGGGCCCUUAUUGGGCUAUAGUCAUACAGCAGUUCAGCGAAUCUGCAGAAAAACAUAGAAUCAAAAUUCAUACUCAUUUGAUUGAAACUUUUAAACCUUUGGGAUUAUGGCGCGAGAUUUAAACCUGAUCUCUCUCUUUCUCGCGUCUCUCUCUCUUUCCUGAAAAAAGCCUUUGUGCAGCGAUAUCUUUCUUAUGAGUUCUGCAAAGCUAACUUCAUUUUCAGCAAUUAGAUCAUCCCUAAACCAGAAAUCCACUUCAAGAACUACAAUUACUUGCUCGGAAUUGGAGACUUUUUUCUCUCAAUGCCCUACUCCUCGCCUCUUUAAUCAGAUUUUAUGUCAAACCAUCUGCUCUGGUCUUAUUAAAGACACUUAUGCUGCUAGCAGAAUUCUCAAGUUUUCCACCGACUCAUCGUUUAUUCCACUUGAUCAUUCUCACAAAAUCUUCGCCAAAAUUGACAACUCAAAUGGGUUCAUUUGGAAUACAAUGCUGAAAGCUUUUGUCCAACGGAACAGAGCAAAAGAUGCAAUCUUUCUGUACAAAUCAAUGUUAAAGAAUGGUUAUAUGUUCAUGGACAACUAUACCUACCCCAUCUUGAUUCAGGCCUGCUCUCUCCGUUUCUCUGAAUUCGAGGGGAGAGAGGUGCACGAUCAUGUCGUCAAGAUGGGUUUCUGUGGCGAUGUUUACGUUGUAAAUAAUUUGAUAAACGUGUAUAGCGUGUGCGGGCAGGUUGGUGAUGCCCGAAAGGUGUUCGAUGAAAGUCCUGUUUUGGAUUUGGUUUCCUGGAAUUCAUUAUUGGCUGGAUAUGUUUUAGUGGGGAGUGUUGACAAUGCGAAGGUGCUGUAUGCUCGAAUGCCUGAGCAAAACAUUAUUGCAUCAAACUCUAUGAUAGUGUUGUUGGGGAGGAGUGGUAGGUUGAAUGAGGCGCGUCAAUUGCUUGAGGAGAUGGACAAGAAGGAUGUGGUAUCUUGGACUGCUAUGAUUUCUUGUUAUGAGCAGAAUCUGAUGUAUAAAGAGGCCUUAGAUAUGUUCUUGACAAUGUGUAGAAAAGGAAUUAAUGUUGAUGAGGUAGUCAUCGUGUCUGUGCUUUCAGCUUGUUCGCAUUUGGCGAGUGUGAGAAUGGGGGAAUCAGUUCAUGGUUUGGUCGCAAAAGUUGGUUUUGAAUCUUAUAUAAAUUUACAGAAUGCUUUAAUUCACAUGUAUUCGAAAUGUGAGGAUGUCUCAGCAGCGGAGAAGUUGUUCAAAGCUGGUUGUGUUUUGGACUUGAUAUCUUGGAAUUCUAUGAUAUCUGGCUACGUUAAAUGUGGAUUGGUCGAGAAGGCUAGAGAUUUGUUCGAUAGGAUGCCUGAGAAGGAUGUUGUAUCGUGGAGUUCAAUGAUAUCAGGCAAUGCCCAACAUGGUAACUUCUCUGAGACGUUGGCGUUAUUCCACGAGAUGCUGCAUCAAGGUGUUAAGCCUGAUGAGACCACUCUCGUGAGUGUGGUUUCAGCGUGCGCUCAGCUUGCUGCCCUCGACCAAGGCAAGUGGGCUCAUGCUUACAUACGGAAGAAUGGGAUGAAGGUGAAAAUUAUUCUUGGCACAACUCUUAUUAACAUGUACAUGAAAUGUGGAAGUGUUGAGGAUGCAAUGGAGGUUUUCGAUGGGAUGGACGAAAAGGGAGUUUCUUCUUGGAAUGCUCUGAUCCUCGGCCUGGCAAUGAACGGGCAAGUAGAAAGGUCGCUUGAGAGGUUUGAGGAGAUGAAAAGAUGUGGAAUGGUGCCAAAUGAGAUAACUUUCGUGGCUGUUCUUGGUGCUUGCCGGCAUAUAGGUCUGGUAGAGAAGGGCCGGGAGUAUUUUGAUUCGAUGGUGAAAGAUUAUGACAUUGAACCUGGCAUUAAACACUAUGGAUGCUUGGUAGAUCUUCUUGGGAGAGCGGGGUUUCUGAAAGAAGCGGAGGAAGUUAUUGACACGAUGCCUAUGCCAGCCGAUGUUGCUACUUGGGGCGCUCUGCUUGGAGCUUGCAAGAAACACGGUGACAAGGAAAUGGGAGAGAGAUUAGGAAGGAAACUUAUCGAGCUUCAGCCUGAGCACGAUGGGUUUCAUGUAUUGUUGUCGAAUAUUUAUGCCUCUAAAGGGAACUGGGAGAACGUGGAGGAGAUAAGAGACAUCAUGGUGCGGCAAGGUGUGGUUAAAACCCCAGGUUGCAGUAUAAUCGAAGCCGGUGGUGUUGUGCAUGAAUUCAUGGCUGGGGACAAAUCACACCCCAGGAUUAAGGAAAUUGAGGCAAUGUUGGCUGAAAUGGUUAGGAGAUUGAGGAGCCUAGGUUAUGCACCGGGCACGGAUGAGGUUCUGCUUGAUAUUGAUGAAGAAGAGAAGGAAACAAAUCUGUUUAGACAUAGCGAGAAGCUGGCAAUUGCCUUUGGCCUGUUUGCAACGAAUGCUCCUGCACCGAUAAGAAUAGUUAAGAAUUUGAGAAUCUGCAGUGACUGUCACGAGGCAGCAAAGUUGGUGUCCAAAGCUUUUGAUCGUGAGAUUGUGGUGAGGGAUCGGCACAGAUUCCACCAUUUCAACUGUGGUUCUUGUUCCUGCAACGAUUAUUGGUAGCAGAUGCCUAUAUGGCGUGAUGCCAAACGCAGGGAUUGAUUAUGAUUUAAGGAGCAUUCUCCGAGCUGACCGAAUAGUUGGAGCGCGUUCUUAGUUUGAAACUGAAAGGCCCGGUUGAUGUCUACUGCACGAAGAUUGCUGGGAUCGGCCAAGAUUAUGACACAACAUGAAGAUAUGAGGCUGUGCAGUGAACAAGAGCCUGGCCACCGAGUCGAGGUUACAUGUAUUUAUGCUUUAAUGCUCAUCAUAAUUUGGGUGUAGCAUCUAUUUAGAAGUAGUGUGUUAUUGUAUCAAUUUCCCUCUGAAUUAUUCUUCACCAAGUGUAGCACAAUCUCAACUUUUUUUGGAAUAAUUACAUAAAUCAUAA